AUGAACGAUACAGAGCUGGCAAACUAUUAUGAAAUAUUAGGGGUAACUCGUGAUGCCUCUGAGGCCGAGGUGAGAAAAGCUUAUCAUAAAUUAGCUAUACACUGGCAUCCUGAUAAAAACCCAGACAACACCGUUGAAGCCACCAGAAAAUUUCAGCUCCUUCAAGUGGCAGAGAGCACACUCCUCGACCCUGAGAAGAGGGCUCAUUAUGAUUACCAUCUGCAUAGACUCCGCAAAGAGAGAACGAGGCACCACCAAGAGGAUAGAAAACUGUCUAAAAAGGAAUACACCGAAAAGAAUAACGACAGUGAUAUAAAACGUAAAGUACACAAGAAAAAGGAAUUUGAACCUUUCCAUUAUCAUGAACUUAAGAGGCGAGAAAAAAGGUACAACAAAGAACAUUAA